AUGUUAUGGACAAUAGGUUUUGCCACAGAUGAAAUUCUCACCUUAAUCGCUGGUUUGUCUGAAGCAAAGGGAAACUUGUUGAAACACAAUGCUCGUCUUGUUUCCGUGUGCUGUACAACGGGAGCCGGCUCUGUAAGAACAAUUCCAGCUGUGCCCUGGCACCCGGAUUGUCACGGGACAGACCGAGGGCUCCGCGCGGAGCUGGGAGCUGCCUCGCCUGGUUUGAAUUCUGUAGGUGUCAGUGAUGUAGGAAUCGGGCUGUGUGUUCUAGACCUCCGUACUGGCUCUUUUCGGUGUCAGGUUCUGUUGCCGUCGGUGGGUUCCCUUCCUCGACGUCCCUGCCUCACGUACACAGCGUGUGCGAGGAGGAGGAAUCAGCUUUCUAAGGGCACUGUUCGAAGGAUUAUUAUCGAGAAUCCUGAUCAGGAGCCGUUAUCCCCAUUUCUUAGAGGUGGGAAUUUCUGUCCUGGAAAUAAUGUCAUCUAUGAAAAAACAAUAAGGAAAUAUGAGCUAUUAAAUCCCCACCAAGAGAAGCAGUACCAGUUUUCCCACCACUGCCAGAUUCCCCAGCAAGCCGAUCAGUGCCACGCUGCCCCGCAGUCCGAGCAGUCCCAGGUCACUCACCAGUGCCAGCAGACACAGACCAGCAGCCCCUGUGAAAUAACUCCAGUCUGUGUGAGCAACGACUGCAGAGGAAAUACAGUCAGGAGGGUGACGGUUCAGCCCUGUGAACCGGAAAAUAACAACCAGCUGGACUGCCGCUACUUCGGUGAGCUGCUGGCUGAACUGAACCGCAAGACCAACGACUUGUACAGUUGUUUACUGCAGCACGUGGAAAAGAUCGGAGGAAGGAACUAUGACAUUGAAUUUACGAGUCAGACUGAAGAUAUUGAAGAUUUAAUUCCUAAAGGACUGUCUGAGGCAACAAAGCAGCAGAUUCGUUAUCUCCUCCAGAUGAGAGUGACAUCAGAUAAGUCUUUGAGACUUGUGCUUUCCACUUUCAAAAAUUUACGUGAAGAGCUUUGCCACUUGCAGGAUGACCUGGGGAAGUUAGAAAUGGACACAGUCUUACUGAAGAAGGAUUUGGCUUUUAAAGAUUCUCAAGUAAAAGAAUAUGAAACGAUGUUGGCUUCUCUGAGAGAGAAUAAUCGUCAGCAGCAGCAAGGACUCAGAGAGAGCACUGCAAAAUGCCGCUCUCUGGAAGAACAGCUCCUCUCGCUUCGGCUCAGCGAGGGAGAGAAGGAUUGUCAGCUGAAGGAACUGGAGUACGGCAAGCGUGCCUUGGAGCAAGAGAUCCAGAGCCUGAGACUGCAGAGCUGCUCUAAUCCAACACUACAGACCACCACAGAUGAACUCUCCAGCCGUUACGUAGAGAUGAUCAAUAACCUGAGAGAGGAUAAAGAUCGUGAGAUCCGCAGCCUUAGGUCUCAGUUGUGCCAAUUCCAGCAAGAUAUAUCCAGGAGAGAAGGAAGUAACAGUGACUUGCAGAUAAAGCUGAAUGAACUGACAUCGAUGCUGGAGGAGAAAGAUGCUUUUAUUAAACAACAGCAAGAGGACCUCUUCAGAUUGAAGCAUGAGAAAUUAUCAGGCAGUCAGUCCCCUGGUGUCACAGCCAUCAUCACCAAGAAGUACAGGAACCAGUAUCCUAUUCUGGGUCUCUUGUCUGAUGACUACAAGGUGACAUCACCCGUCAAUAAAUCACAAACUAUUGUAAUUGAGAGGACUGGAGAAAUAUGGAAACACCUCCACAUCCCUGAAGCUUACACGGAGAGGGCAGUGACUAACCCAGGAAAUGCAGAAGAGCGGCGACUUUUAAAGGAAUGA